CAGACACUGGCAUACAGACCAUAACUGUUAUCAGACAAGCAGAUACGGUACUAUGGAAGGAGGUCAAACCCGUGCUGUUGCACCAUCCUACUGUGGGUGGUCAAUUUUCAACACUUUUUGCUGCUGUCUGCCUCUGGGGAUUGCUGCCAUCAUCUUUUCCCACAAGGUAAAUGCCGCUAAUGAACAUGGAGACACGGUUUCAGCUGCAGACGCAUCAAGCACGGCCAAGACUCUAAACAUCAUGGCAUCCAUCUGUGGAAUCAUUUUCCUUGCCAUUUUCCUCUAUUACGAAUUCAGUGGCCAACCCAAACACUGAGUGGUCCAGUUUUUGCCAGAAGAGGAACUGGAAUUUCAGCAAUAUUUCCUUUCUCCACAUCGAAAAGAAAAAUGCUAAAACAUCUGGACAAUGCUAGGUCACAAUAUUGGGCUUCUUGAAAUCGCUGUUAAAGGACCUUUGAAUACAAAUACCUUUUGAUAAUCUGUCUCAGAAAUAUGUGUGCAUGUUAAUGAAAAAUUAACUCACUCUGGUUUACUCUUUUAGCUUUUUCCUGGGAUUCAAGAAAUAAUGAGCACAUAAAAUGUAUGUGGGGAUCAAAGAUGAGGGGCAAACAAAUAUCAAAUGAAUUUUAUUGUCACAUAUAUUUCAAUAAAAGAGUUUUGAAAACCUA